AUGGAGCACAAAGAGUUCACGUUGCUUCCAUGUUGGCGAGAGUUGAGACAUCAUCCGAAGUGGCAAUCGGAGUCCUCGCGCAAGAAGCAGAAGACGUCCGGCGCCGCUAGCCCCGCGUCCACGCAGAACGUCGAGUCAUCGCCCGGAGCAGAAGGAGCAGAUGCACCUGCGUCCAAUGCCACUCCACGACCGAAACGGCCUCCUGGGAGGGCUCGAUCCAAGGAGGUUGCUUGUGGUUCAACAUUGUCCAACUCAGCUUCUGCCCCCAUGAAGGAGAUAUUUGACCGAUUGUUCUCCUUGAAAGAAAAGAUUGAGAAGGAUAGGGCUGAGAGGUUCGCUGAGAUAAUGAAUGUCGAGCGCCAGAGGCUCCGGCUGGAGGAGGAGCGAAUGCAACUGGAGAAGGUAAAGGAGGAGAUGGUCAUAAUGAACAUGGAUCUUUCUCAAAUGGAUGACGAGCAGAAAGAAUACUAUAAAAGCCUUAGGCAGAGUAUUAUUGCAGCUAGGCGCACCUCUUCUUGUCCAUCCGUCUAA